UAUGCCAGGGUUUGGAUCCCUGAUCCAGAGGAAGUCUGGAAGUCAGCAGAACUUCUCAAAGAUUAUAAACAAGGAGAUAAAGUCAUCCAGAUUCGACUCGAAGAGGGAAAGGAAUUAGAAUAUUGCCUUGAUCCUAAGACCAAGGAACUGCCUCCUUUACGAAAUCCUGACAUACUUGUUGGUGAAAAUGAUCUCACAGCACUCAGUUAUCUCCAUGAACCUGCUGUUCUACAGAACCUCAAAGUUCGCUUUAUUGAUUCAAAACUCAUUUAUACCUAUUGCGGAAUCGUCUUGGUAGCCAUAAAUCCGUAUGAGCAACUGCCUAUCUAUGGCGAAGAUAUCAUCAAUGCAUACAGUGGUCAGAAUAUGGGGGAUAUGGAUCCACACAUCUUUGCUGUGGCUGAAGAAGCAUAUAAACAGAUGGCCAGAGAUGAACGGAAUCAGUCAAUCAUUGUAAGUGGGGAAUCUGGAGCAGGAAAGACUGUCUCUGCUAAGUAUGCCAUGAGAUACUUUGCCACUGUAAGUGGUUCUGCCAGUGAAGCUAAUGUUGAAGAGAAAGUAUUGGCUUCCAACCCUAUCAUGGAGUCCAUCGGAAAUGCCAAAACCACAAGGAAUGACAACAGUAGUCGUUUUGGGAAGUACAUUGAAAUUGGUUUCGAUAAGAGGUACCGAAUCCUUGGUGCUAACAUGAGAACUUACCUCUUAGAAAAAUCAAGAGUGGUAUUUCAGGCAGAAGAGGAGAGAAAUUAUCACAUUUUCUACCAGCUCUGUGCCUCUGCAGCAUUACCUGAGUUUAAAACACUGCGAUUAGGCAAUGCAAAUUACUUUCACUAUACGAAGCAAGGGGGUAGUCCAGUGAUUGACGGCAUUGAUGAUGCUAAGGAAAUGGUACACACCAGACAGGCCUGCACUUUGCUAGGGAUUAAUGAUUCCUACCAGAUGGGAAUCUUUCGAAUCCUCGCUGGGAUCCUUCACCUGGGCAACGUGGGUUUUACCUCUCGGGAUGCUGACAGCUGCACAAUCCCUCACAAACAUGAACCCCUCACCAUCUUCUGUGACCUCAUGGGGGUGGAGUACCAAGAGAUGUCCCACUGGCUUUGCCAUAGGAAGCUUGCUACUGCCUCUGAGACCUACAUCAAACCAAUUUCCAAACUGCAGGCCAUCAAUGCCAGAGAUGCUCUUUGCAAACAUAUCUACGCUAAACUCUUUAACUGGAUUGUUGAUCAUGUGAACAAAGCUCUGCAUUCUACUAUAAAGCAGCAUUCUUUCAUUGGCGUAUUGGACAUUUACGGGUUUGAGACAUUUGAGAUAAACAGCUUUGAACAGUUUUGUAUAAACUAUGCCAAUGAAAAACUGCAGCAACAGUUCAAUAUGCAUGUCUUUAAGCUGGAACAGGAGGAAUAUAUGAAGGAACAAAUUCCAUGGACCUUGAUUGAUUUCUAUGACAAUCAGCCUUGUAUUAAUCUCAUAGAGGCCAAAUUGGGCAUCUUGGAUCUGCUAGAUGAGGAAUGUAAGAUGCCUAAAGGAUCAGAUGACUCUUGGGCCCAGAAAUUGUAUAAUACACAUUUGAAGAAAUGUGCACUCUUCGAAAAACCACGUAUGUCAAACAAAGCUUUUAUCAUACAACACUUCGCUGACAAGGUGGAAUAUCAGUGUGAAGGCUUUCUGGAAAAGAACAAAGACACAGUUUAUGAAGAACAAAUCAAGGUCCUAAAAUCAAGUAAGUUUAAGAUGCUUUCAGAGUUGUUUCAGGAUGAGGGGAAGGCCCUUAGUCCCACCUCAGCAACCCCUUCAGGUCGCACGCUGCUGUCUCGCACUGCUGUAAAACCCGCCAAGGCCAAACCAGGUCAAGCAAGCAAGGAACAUAAGAAAACUGUAGGACAUCAGUUUCGGAACUCUCUUCAUCUGCUGAUGGAAACCCUUAAUGCUACAACUCCACACUACGUGCGUUGUAUUAAACCCAAUGACUUCAAGUUUCCAUUCACGUUUGAUGAAAAGCGAGCAGUUCAGCAGCUCAGAGCUUGUGGUGUUCUGGAAACUAUCCGGAUCAGCGCAGCUGGCUUCCCCUCAAGGUGGACGUAUCAAGAGUUCUUCAGCCGCUACCGUGUCCUGAUGAAGCAAAAAGAUGUCCUUAGUGACAGAAAACAGACAUGCAAAAAUUUGUUGGAGAAGCUGAUUCUGAACAAGGAUAAGUACCAGUUUGGUAAGACAAAAAUAUUUUUUCGGGCUGGUCAAGUCGCCUAUCUGGAAAAAAUAAGAGCAGAUAAGCUGAGAGUUGCCUGCAUCCGCAUCCAGAAGACAAUCCGAGGGUGGCUGAUGCGAAAGAAGUACCUGCGCAUGAGGAAAGCAGCCAUCACCGUUCAGAGAUAUGUCAGAGGGUACCAGGCACGAUGCUAUGCCAAGUUCUUGCGAAGAACCAGGGCUGCCAUCAUAAUUCAGAAGUUCCAGCGCAUGUAUGUGGUUCGGAAAAGAUACCAUCUCAUGCGAGCUGCCACUAUUGUGCUUCAGUCACUUUUACGAGGUUACAUAGCAAGGAACAAAUACCAGCGGAUGCUUCGAGAGCACAAGGCUAUUAUUAUUCAGAAGCACGUGCGGGGCUGGCUGGCUCGUGUGUGCUACCAUAGGAGCUUGAAGGCAAUUGUCUACCUGCAAUGCUGCUAUAGGCGUAUGAUGGCCAAGAGGGAGCUGAAGAAGCUGAAGAUAGAGGCGCGCUCUGUGGAACGGUACAAGAAACUCAAUAUUGGGAUGGAGAACAAGAUUAUGCAGCUGCAGCGUAAAGUUGAUGAGCAGAACAAAGACUACAAAUCCCUGCUGGAGAAACUAACUAACCUGGAAACCACAUACAACACAGAGACCGAGAAGCUGCGGAGUGAUGUGGAAAGGCUUCGCAUGAGUGAGGAGCAGGCUAAGAACGCCACGAACCGUGUGAACACGCUCCAGGAGGAGAUCACCAAGCUUCGAAAGGAGCUGCACCAAACACAGUCUGAGAAGAAGACAAUUGAGGAAUGGGCAGACAAAUACAAACAGGAAACGGAGCAGUUGGUAUCAGAACUAAAAGAGCAAAACACAUUACUGAAAAAGGAAAAGGAGGAGCUGAAUCGUCGCAUCCAUGAUCAGGCCAAGGAAAUGACAGAGACCAUGGAGAAGAAGCUUGUUGAGGAAACGAAACAGCUGGAGCUAGAUCUGAAUGAUGAAAGGUUAAGGUAUCAGAAUCUGCUGAAUGAGUUCAGCCGCUUAGAGGAGCGCUAUGAGGAUCUCAGGGAUGAGGUGAAUCUGAUGGUGAGCAUCCCCAAGCCUGGGCACAAAAGAACGGAUUCCACACACAGCAGCAAUGAAUCUGAAUAUACAUUUAGCUCUGAGAUUACAGAGACAGAAGACUUACCACUGAGAAUGGAGGAGCCAAGUGAGAAAAAGGCACCACUGGACAUGUCUCUGUUCCUCAAGCUGCAGAAACGGGUUACAGAGCUGGAGCAGGAAAAGCAAUCCUUGCAGGAUGAACUGGACAGGAAGGAGGAACAGGCUCUCCGCAUCAAGACCAGGGAGGAGGAGGAAAGACCGCCAAUGAGAGGCGCAGAACUAGAGUAUGAGUCACUCAAGCGUCAAGAACUUGAAUCUGAGAACAAGAAGCUGAAGAAUGAGCUGAAUGAGCUGCAGAAGGCCCUUUUGGAGAAGAGUUCUCCAGAGGUGACUGCUCCUGGUGCCCCUGCCUAUAGAGUCCUCCUGGAUCAGCUUACCUCAGUAAGUGAGGAACUGGAGGUACGCAAAGAAGAAGUCCUCAUCCUGAGGUCUCAGCUGGUGAGUCAGAAGGAGGCUAUUCAACCCAAGAAUACUAUGACAGAUUCUACAAUCCUCUUGGAGGAUGUACAGAAGAUGAAAGACAAAGGAGAAAUAGCACAGGCAUAUAUUGGGCUAAAGGAAACAAACAGACAAUCUCUUCAGGACUAUCAUAUGCUGAAUGAGGAUGGAGAACUAUGGCUGGUUUAUGAAGGGUUAAAACAAACCAACAGGCUCCUAGAAUCUCAGCUUCAGUCCCAGAAAAAGAGUCACGACAAUGAGCUGGAAGCUCUCCGGGGUGAGAUUCAGAGUCUGAAGGAGGAGAAUAACCGCCAGCAGCAGCUUUUAGCACAGAACCUGCAGCUGCCCCCGGAGGCCCGGAUUGAGGCCAGUCUACAGCAUGAGAUCACCCGGCUGACUAAUGAAAACCUGGAUUUAAUGGAGCAGCUUGAAAAGCAGGACAAGACAGUUCGCAAGCUGAAAAAGCAGCUGAAAGUGUUUGCUAAAAAGAUUGGUGAACUUGAAGUGGGCCAGAUGGAAAACAUUUCACCUGGGCAAAUUAUUGAUGAACCCAUACGUCCAGUUAAUAUUCCACGGAAAGAAAAGGACUUCCAAGGAAUGUUAGAAUAUAAGAAGGAUGAUGAGCCAAAACUGGUCAAGAAUCUUAUUUUAGAUCUGAAACCACGUGGUGUAGCAGUCAACCUGAUCCCAGGACUACCGGCAUAUAUAUUAUUCAUGUGUGUCCGCCAUGCUGAUUACCUUAAUGAUGAUCAAAAAGUGAGAUCAUUGCUGACUUCCACUAUUAAUGGUAUCAAAAAAGUAUUGAAGAAAAGAGGUGACGACUUUGAAACGGUCUCCUUCUGGCUAUCUAAUACCUGCCGAUUUUUGCACUGUCUGAAGCAGUAUAGUGGAGAAGAGGGAUUUAUGAAGCACAACACGCCUCGUCAGAAUGAACACUGCCUCACCAAUUUUGACUUAGCUGAAUACAGACAGGUAUUGAGUGACUUGGCUAUUCAGAUCUACCAGCAACUCGUCAGAGUGUUAGAGAAUAUUCUGCAGCCAAUGAUUGUUUCAGGAAUGCUGGAGCAUGAAACUAUUCAAGGCGUCUCAGGGGUAAAGCCACCAGGGCUGCGAAAGAGAACGUCUAGUAUUGCUGAUGAAGGGACCUACACGCUGGACUCCAUCAUUAGACAGCUGAACACAUUUCACUAUGUAAUGUGUCAGCAUGGUAUGGAUCCGGAGUUGAUCAAGCAAGUUGUUAAGCAAACGUUCUACAUCACUGGGGCAGUAACCCUGAAUAACCUCCUCCUGCGCAAGGACAUGUGUUCCUGGAGCAAAGGGAUGCAGAUACGGUACAAUGUGAGUCAACUUGAAGAAUGGCUACGUGACAAAAAUUUGAUGAAUAGUGGGGCUAAAGAAACACUGGAGCCUCUCAUUCAGGCUGCACAGUUGUUGCAGGUGAAAAAGAAGACGGAUGAAGAUGCAGAAGCCAUUUGUUCAAUGUGCAAUGCUCUAACUACUGCACAGAUUGUAAAAGUUUUGAAUUUGUAUACUCCAGUUAAUGAGUUUGAAGAAAGGGUCUCAAUAUCGUUUAUACGUACGAUACAGAUGCGUUUACGAGACAGGAAAGACUCUCCUCAGCUGCUAAUGGAUGCUAAACACAUCUUUCCUGUUACUUUUCCAUUUAAUCCAUCCUCCCUUGCAUUAGAAACCAUUCAAAUUCCAGCCAGCUUGGGCCUAGCAUUCAUCUCACGUGUCUGAACCAAGGAUGCACUGUCAGCUGUUGACAAUGAGUCUGUUGCCUGAAAUCUGAAUCCAUUAAAACAUAGUGAGCCACUGAAAAUACGUUUUUGAAGGGACAACACUGUAUAUGCCCAGAUUUUUAGUAUGGGUAGCUGGAAAUCUACAUAACUGUACCACAACUGGAAGGCUGGUAGAAAGAUGUGCACUUGUAUAGGUCAUUAUUUUCAUGUAGACGCAUUACUGAUUGUUACGUUUCCAGAGUAUGAAUAUAGGGCUUGGGCAAAAAUUGUCUUCAGCUGCCUAGAGACAUUUUUAGAUCUUUAGUAACAUAUUUAAAUAGUGUACAUUAAAAUCCAUACACAAUCUGCUCAUAGGUAGGGACCAAUAAGGACAGACACGGUACUUUAAGUGGAGGACUGGAAGUAAUGCAUUUUGUAGUAGAAUACAUAGUCAUGUAGGAAUCUAUUUCUCCAUUAGAGUUUUUGACAAUUUAAACAUAGCGAACUUGCAAUAUAUAAAACAAUUUGUUAAACAACUUCCUUAUUUAUGUCAGUAUGACAUAAAUUAUGAAGUAUUAAAGUCUUUUGGCUUACUGUGCGAUAUAACAUAGGUGUUCAUUUGUUAGUACUGUGGUUUACUAAACAUAUUAAACUGCUGCUGAAUAUUGUGUUCUUUAAAAUGUAUGACAGUAUCCUUUAUUAGGCACUAAAAUAAGAGACUUCACUUUUUAUUAUCAACUUUGUUUACAGUCCAAUGCAAUCUAUUCUUUUAACUGGAUUUAUGCAAAUAUCAACAAAUAUCACCUGGAAAGGAAAAAUGGUAACUAAGCACAAGUAGCACACUGGAAGUUACAUAAUAGUUUUCUUUAAAGAUAGGGCACUAAAAUACUCGUCUUGUGGCAAAAUGAACAAAAGUCAGUCAUGAUUAUAAUAUUUAUUUCAUAUUUUGUAGUUGGUUGGGGUUUUUCCUUUGUCCAAUUUUAGUCCAAGGAAGUGGCAUUAUAUUUUUUCAAUAUCAUCCAUUUUAUGUCUUUGUCACACUUUUUAAGAUGUAUUCUCAAAUACCUAGAAUGAAAGGAGAAAUUCCUUGAGUAGUCCAAUACCUUUAUUAGUAUAUAUAUUGGCUUCUGGAAACAUACAACAAACAUUGACUGGGAAGGGAGUAUUUAAAAUUGUGCAGUUUGUGAAUCUAUCCACGUAGUUCAAUGAACCUAUUUAACAAAAGGGUUACUUCAUGCUAGAAAAAUAGUUUUUAAAAAAAUCUAUAAAGUGUUCUGUAAGAUCCAGACUGCACAAUGAGAAAUUAUAGUUGUUUUGGCCUCUGCACUUCCAAUCAGAAAGAAUAUUCCCUCUUUCACGCCUCAGAUCUGCUCCAGAGUGGAAUUUAUAUUUCAAAAUGUACAACAAUUAAGUUAGAGGCCUUGGUCAACACUCUGUUUCUGAAUUUUAAAACAUGGUCAGUGAUGUAUGGUUAAAAUAUACAUAUGAAAAAGUUGCACAUUACUAAAUUGCAAUGUGCAAUAUUUUAAUGUAUCAUGCAAAUUAGCAACUUAGCAUGAACAUUUAUUUCUUUAAAAGAACAGAAAAAUAUUCUAUAGGUAUACUUUUAGAAUGUUCUGGUACUAAUCAGCCUGCGAACCUACAGAAUAAUUUUGCUAUCAGCUGAGCAGACCAAUACAUUUCAGUUAUGUUUUAUUUGAGAUAUAUACAUGCACCUUAUAUAUGGUGACUGAUAAAAUGUAUAAUAAAGAAAGCUUAAUCUUUGUCAGUACCAUUUUGAAAUGCUUAUGCCUUUUUAUUUUCAGAAGUGUGUGCCCAUUUUUUGUGUUUGAUAGCUCACUACUGAUAUGUUCAGGUACCUACAAGUAAGAAUUGCAUCUUUAAUUUGGAUGAUCUUUGUUAAAUUAUUUAAAUUAUUUUCAUAUGCAAAGUAAACCAAAAGCACUUCAUUCAAAUAUGUUUGUUACUUUAUCUCUUAGGCCAAGGAUAAUAUAAGCUGGCUCCAAACACAGUAUCAUAUAAUAUGGUGGAGUGUACUAAUCUUUCAAAGUUUCAGGAAGUACUGCACUUGUUAAUAUGUCAUGAAAAAGCCCUGGUAUCCAGUAAUAGCAUAAGAGCAGGAAAUAGGUGAAAACAUUUGGAAAAAUAGAAACUUUUCCCCUCCUGUUUAAAUAAAAUUGGCACAACAGUAUAUUUAUACUGUAAAUCAGGAAAUAUAUCUAUUACUUAAACACAUAGUUAUGAAAAUUUAUGUUAAAAUGUAUUUUUGUUUUUUAAAUUUGUUUACCUGUAUAAAGCCUUACUGUGUCUUGUUUCCUUAACAAAGUAGUAGUAAGUUGUUUAUAGGUAUUAUCCUUAAACUCAGUGGUUUGAGUAGUGUUACAUUUAUAUCACAUUAAAAGUGUAUGCUGCUUAACAUGUUUUAAAGGAAAAUAUUUCUAAGUUGAAAUUGAUGUGUACUUGGUAAAUCAUCUAAAAUUUUACAUAACAGUAUUUUACAUGCACUUUUCAAAAAAGAAUUUUAGUGUUGAUUUAUGAUAUAAAAUAUUUUUCACCUUAGGUUUAAGGUCUCUUUAGAUAACCAUGGAAACAAAUAUAAACAUCUUUUAAAAACUUAUAUUUUUUCCUUUGAAUCAUGGUUAUGCUCUUUUAAUGUGGACGUAACUUUUAUAUUUUAAUUUAUUAUCUAUUGAUAUAGUAGAUUCUGUUGGAUGCAGGAAAUUAUUAAUUUGUCAAUGUCCCUUUUGACAUAUAUAACCAUUCUGAAGAUGUCGCACAAUAAUUACCUCAUUGAGUUUGGUAUAUUUUUAGUCCAGCCAUUAUUUUGUUCUGCCUUUUGCAACAUAAUCUUCUAUCCAAAUUUUAACCAAUUGCUACCCAGGCUUUAAUCCGAGAUGGAACUUGAAAGUGCUUAAAGAAUUUUGCUUUAUUAAAUGUGAUUAAUCUAGUCUACUUGAUCAGAAUAGAAAGAUAUGCUAUACUUCAUCUUUGAAACGUUGAUUUUUUUUUAAUCCGUUAACAGUUGUUCCAUACCUGGAAACACCAGCAUUUGAAAGCUGAAGGUCUGUAUCAUUUAGGAUUUAAAACUGAACACAUUUCAAAAUAUCAUACAAGAAUUCUGAGAGAAUGACUUUUGUUUUUUAAGAUGCUGAUAAUUCAUCUGAUAAAUAAAAGCCUUUAAACAGGUUUUCACUCUGUACCACCACAGUACAUGGAUGAAAACCAAACCAAUUCAGAAUGACAUAUGCUUUGAAAUGUUGUAGUGUCUGAUGUUGUAUUUAGUAAACGUGUGCACCAUAAACACUGUAUCCUAUUAGCUGUCACUGAAAAAUGUCCAAAUAAAAAACUCU